CAUCAUUGCCCUCGCAUCCGGAAAUUGUACUUCUGCCCAACAUCACCACACACAUUGUCUAUCACUUGUACAGCGCCGUGGACCAGGAUAGGGAUGAACAGCCACCGAAUCAGACCGAGUGCCUUGGUCAAGAGGUUUUGCCCCUCACCAUCACUCUGCCUCACCGUGUCUUCCAUUGCCCAAUAAGUCGAUCAAUGUCGACAAGGAUAUAUAUCCGUCGUGCGAUUGUCUCUGCGAAUACUGUUCCUCUCUCAUCAACAUUUUGUGUUGUGGAAACUCCCUAAGUCUAUGACGCAUCAAUUGCACGUACCAGACUUGUCCUAUUGACCGGCAAAUGACCCUGUUCGCUCUGACCACAGCAUAGCCCUUGUCUUCAAUUGAUUUGACCGGGUCUCGCCUGCACUUAAGGUGUCAGCAAUGAAUGGUCUUGACAGAGUCAAGUCUCCUCCAGCACACAUUUACGAGCACCGCCAAAAGAUAGGCAUUCUGUCGCGAACACUCAACUCAACGUCAUGCAUUAGAUGGAUUCUCCCGGCAAGAAUAAGAUCUCCAUCAAAGGAGGAUGUUGUUUUUGUUGGGGCCACCUUCAUACAACUGUACGAGUUCAUAGAGACUGGGCAGCUAGUCAACACAACGGCCAAGCUCGACAUUGGAACUCAAAUAACCGAUGCAAAAGUCAUCUCGGCCGACGUGGAAGUCAUCCCGAUCCUUGAUGCGAUCCUAAAACAAGAGAGAGAUCAAGAGAACUACAGCAUUGGUGGGCAGCCCAUUGACCAUGGAGAUCCAGCACAGAUACUAGUCAUCGUGACUGUCGACAACGAACUCAUCUUUGCCUGUGCACGAGAAGACACCAGCGGCGAUGUAAGGUUCGUUUUUGCAAAGCGCCCUCUGCUCAGAGGAGCAGGGUUACCGUCCAGUCAAUGCCGAUAUGUAGCUGUCGAGCCGCAAUCUCGUGCGCUUGCCGUUGCAUCCCCUUCAGGUUAUGUUGGAAUAUUCAAGCUACGCAGGGUUGACGAAAUUCAGAGAGAGAUAGACAGGUGGAAUCCUCUGGAAAAUGGCUCAUUUCGUCCGUCAGAUGAGCAACGCUUCAUUCAAGUCCGAGGCAAUGUCAUGAUGAUGACUUUCUUGCCUAGCCCUGAUUCGGAUCCCCAUCUAGUGGUGCUUCUCCUUCUGGUCUGGGGUGGCGAAGAAGAGAAGGCAACACGUCAAUAUAUGUACGGCUGGGACACACGGUCUCCACUUCAGACAAUAAAACCUAUGCAGAGCAGUGGCCGGCUCCUGGCCGAGGACGAGCUCCCGACGAUGCUCAUUCCCUCUGCACGACCCUACUCAUUUAUCAUGGUCAUGAAAACGGGUCUGUCGUAUUACGAGAAUGUCCAUACCAACAGCACUAAGCGAAUUCAUUGCCCCUUCGGACAACAAGCGGCAGGAUCUUUAGAGUGGGUUCAGUGGGCAAAACCAAGGCGCCACAACGAGUACAAGGAGAAGCGGGAUGACUUUGUGCUGCUGAGAGAAGACGGCCUACUUCAAUACUUUCAAAUUGAGAAGGCCUCUAGUUCUAAAUUCAACCUCAAUUGGACAAUCGGCCGACUGGGGCUUCAAGCGGACACGGCCUUCUGCAUGCUCGCAGGCCCUCCAGGCAAAGGUGGCGACAUCUUCAUAGUCGGGGGCAGUAUGACAGAUGGAGGUGUCUUCCAUGUCUCCGCGAGAGGAACUCCCGAGUGCAUUCAACUCCUAGAGUCGAUAUGUCCUCUUCGAGACAUCACUCUUGGUCCAUCCGCCGGCAAUCGACCCGGUGGACUCUGGUCGCGAGAGAGUCCAGAUCAAUUAUUUGCAUGCUGCAGUCGCGGCUCAGACCAGGGAGUACUGUUCGACAUCAGAUAUGGGGUGGAGGCACAAGUUGGGUGGACCGUGCCAUAUCCAGAUGCUGCCUUCAUCGACAGGAUAUGGACGUUGGAGGUACCGCAUCGCAACGAACUGUUGGUUCUGGCUUCCCUGCCAACACAGUCAACCAUGGUAUCAUUUGAGCUUGACACGCAAGAGCUUUCGUUCACGAAUCCAGAGAGCCAUCCCGGGUUUGACUUUGACCACCCUACGCUGACGGCAGUCGUUGUUGGUGACGGGGACUCCAUACUACAGGUUACCACACAGAGCAUCAACAUAAUCCCCACCAGAAUUGACGCUUCUCUUUCCGAAUUUCUUCGGAUCAAAUGUGAAUUAUGCGAAGCGGCAUUCUUCGAUGACGGCCGGCUUUUCGUCACAGCCCGCCAAGCGGCCAAGGGUUACGAGAUUUGUCUUACUUCCACGUUGCAUUCAUUCGAUGAUGGUGGUGUGAGCUUGAAGGAAGCAGAGCCAACACUAAUGUUGGAUAUCCCUACGAGCUUGUGCUGCUUUGAAGUUCGGGGCAAACGCAUAGUGCUCGUCGGCACGGACGAGGGGCGACUCUACUGGUACACUGUGCAGAAAGACCUGUCUUUGCGGAAAGUCUUCCAGCGUGAGUCUUCUGAUUUUGAUCUCAGGAUUGAACAGUGCGCCGUGAGUUCCCUGGCUGCACUUCAACAAGGUGACGGGGAUCCAGUGCUGCUUCUCUGCGGCUUACGGUAUGGGCUUCUGAUCUGUCUGGAUUUACGAUUGCCAAAUCAGUCGUUCAAAUUGACGUGUUCCGGCAUACACGGAUUGGGAACCACCUCGGUCCGGAUUUUCCAGGAAAACAUAUCUUCAGGACGAUCGAGGCCAUCUUCAGCUUUGGUGCUUUGCGGAUCGGCGACCAGCCGUAUCACACUUCACCGCCCUGCGUCAAUUGUAGACUACACUAUCUCGUCACUGUAUGUCACAGACCGUUCAGAUCCUUCGACUCAGUACACGGUCAACUCUCUUCAUCGAAUCCCGAAGCUGUCACCUCCUUCCCAAGACCCGGGUGGUUUGGUGGUUUGCGCAACGGAAGACGAGCUCUUGUUCUGCUCGCUCGUAGCGCAAGAACAGACCGUCACGCGAAGGACGUCUGUCGACGGUGUACCACGACAUGUACUGUAUUCAGAGUACCUUCAAAAAUUUGUCGUCGCAUUCGAAAAGACCCAUGUUCUGACAGGGGGCCCUCGUGCCAAAGGACCCCAAGAUUUUGCGUCUGGUCGGAUGGAAAGUGGCGUGAAGACAUCAGUUUCUCCACGAACGAUACAGCAGGUGGGUCUUCACAUCAUCGAACCCAGCCUGAAAGUGCCCAGCGACAAUCAACUCUCUGUGAUUGUGACGGAAGAAACCAACGAGAGUGUCAACGCUCUCAUCCACUGGGCUCCGACGGAUGGCGAACAUCACUACGAAUGGUUCGUCCUGGCUCUCGAACAGAAAGAGCCGGGCUUCCCUCGUUGCAGUGGACGUGUCGUCUGCGUCAACGCGAAGAACCUCAGCAAAGGUAUCCCGGACACCAACCCCAAGGUUGCAUUCAGGAGUCCCGAACAACCGGUCACGGCCAUCUGCGCCUACAAAAUGUCGUCUCUCCUGAUCGCCGCCGGGAGUGAGAUCCACCUCCACCAUUUGGACUUUGCUUCUCGCAAAUGGAAGACGCUCUCGAAGCAUCGAUUGCCGUCCCCCGCGAAGAGCAUCUCCUGUCAAGGCUCGCUCAUAUUCAUCGCCACGGCAAAACAUUCGCUGUUCGUCCUGGUGGAGAGAGGCGACAAGCUGUCGGAGCACAAGUCGGACAACGAGGCGAGGGCGACCCAGAACGUGGUGCCCUUUGGCAACAACUCGGCCAUCUUCUCCGCCUGGAACGGGGGCACCACCGACAUCAUGGCGUUCUCCGGUUUCCGCCAGGACGGCCAAGAGCCCUACCCGUUGUUCCACGCGAACCUGCCACUCCUGGUCGACAACCUCCUCCUCAGGCCGGAUUCGGACCAAUCCGGCGACCGACAUCGGUUCUAUGCGGGCGCGAGUGACGGGACCUUGUUCCACCUUUCCCUCCUGAGACACAACGAGUGGGAGCUCCUGCAUUUUCUGGAGCAGGCGAGCUACCUGAACAAGAAAUCGAUCAAGCCGGUCCCCAUCAGGGCACGAGACGCCGACGGUGACGAGGUUGUUCUUCGGCCGCCGGCCGUCCGACUGAAAGACCUGCAUGUUCGAGGUGAUCGGUUGUUCAUGAUGAUAGAGGAAGGACCGUACAACUUGCGCCGGAUCCUCAAGGGGCCCAUGCUCGAAGAGUUCGAGGCCUUGGCCGCUAUGGUGCUGCACACGAGUGACGAUCUGGUCGAGGCUGUCGCCGUGUGGUUGAGGGAACUGCUCAGUUACCCUUCUUAAUUAGUUUACCUAGUUGGUGGGCAAGUCGCCCGCUUUGGAACGUGACGAGUAUCGUCGUGAAUAAUCCAUUCUUCCUUU